AUGUCUAAGGAGAAACGUGAAAAAGAACGCGCUGCCUGGCGUGAAUUAAAAAUUGUAAUUCAUAAUUAUCGGGCGUUAGGUUUCGAUUAUUUAAUCAGAAGACCGUCACAACAAAAUGUUUGUUUCGGUUCAACUAUUGAACGAGAAGCGUGUACACUUGAGUAUUGUAAAAUGAACUCGUUCAUGAGAAGGAUAGCGUCCGGACCACCUGUAAAUAUACCGAAAACUUCAUCGAAAAAGAGAACUCAAGAUUGUACCUUCUAUCAUCGACAUGGAGGCACUACGGCAAGUGUAAAACUGCUACCCAAAAGGGAAAUGAUAAAAAGAUUUCGGUGGGAGCAUUAUUUGUCUCAAUUUUCGUUGUGAAUUUGGUGUGAUUAAGUAAUAAAAUUGCUGAAAGUUUAA